AGGGAGUCGUCAUUGUGAAUGGCCAAAUAAAUGUUCUGUACAACGCCGUCUUGAAAGCACCUGGGAGGAGAGACACGCGGGGAGGCUGUGAGCUACUGUAGGAAGACCUGUCGCCUGCUAUCUUUCCGAGGGGCCGGGAUAAUAACUAUAAGAAUUUAUUUGAAAACAUGGAUGAAAUGGAAGGAUAUUACAAUGAGGCUAAUAUAACUGGAGAACCACUACCAAAAAUAAAAGAACUGGAAAGACCUUUGAAUGAUGAACAAAUUGUAAUGUCUCAUAUGCGAUGUGAAAAACCCAUUGUAGGUAGGACUGCUGAGGAUUCUAACCCUACUCCAAAAAAGGAAGAUGAGAAAGUAGAGUCCAAAAAACUCUGUGGAUAUCUUUAUAAAUUAGGAUUGACAGGACCACUCAAAACUUGGAAGCAUCGUUUCUUUUCUUAUGAUGAGAAGAAGUGUUGCUUGCUCUACUACAGAAUGGCUACAGAUGUCUGCCCACUGGGGAGUAUAGAUCUGCGCACAUCGACCUUUCACUUAAGUGUGGAAGCAGAGGAGGGAAUAUUUCAAAUCAAAACACCAACAAAAGCAUUUCUCCUAAAGGCAAUUAACAAUCAUGCCAAGAUGUACUGGUUACAGCAACUGCAGCUAAAAAGAUGGGAGUUUUGUAAAAAUGAACCAAAAAUCGAUACUGGGAAUUUACUUAAUCUAGAAUUCCGUGACAGCGAAAGUGACAAUCAUGGUACAGCAGGAGAUGGAAGCUUUUUGCCUAUAGUUAAAACACCAACAGAAGUGGUGGGUUUAUCAGUUGCCUCAAUGCCAGCUCCCCAGGAAUCAACAUCCCUUCAAAAUUUCUCCCUCAAACAUCCGUGGAAAGAAAUACAAAAUACAGUUCAUAAUUUGCGUGGUGCGAAGUCUACGCUGGCGACUUGUAGGAGCGUUUUUCAUUUUGAGGAAGGAGAACAAGUAGCAGAAGUAGGUGAAUUUAUUGCAAGACAAGUUCAGAAGUUUUCUCCAUCGCCAAACUUUUCUAGAAAGACAAGAAAAGAAAAUAGUAGCUCAUUGUCCAAUCAGGAAGGCUUUGCUUCAGAUACCAUUUCUUUUGAGAAGAUGAGCAACUCCAGACACCAGAUUCAAGCUCUGGCAGAGGAGUUAAAGGCUCAAAAGGACCUUGUGAAACUUCUACACCGUGCCCUUGAGUCUGCUCACCAAGAGAAGAGAGCUUGCAGUGACUACCUGAAUGCCGCAGAGGAGAAAGAGAGACUAGAACUAAUACGACACAAGGUUAGGCAAAUAGAGGACCUAAGACAGCGUGUGGAAUCCCUCGAGCAGGAGAAAAAGGACCUGGAACAGUGUGUUAGUUUCAAGGAUCUUCACAUUAAUGAACUUAAAGAACAUGUACAAUUGUUAAUGGAGAAAAAUAAUGCAAAACAACAAGUUAUUUUAAAGCAGAACGAGCAGCUUCUCAGCCAAAAUGAUACAGACGUUGUGAACAGCAUUGCAAAUGAAACCUUACAUACGCUGUAUAGAAAAAUUGACAGCCUAAUGGAUGACAUUAAUGCUUACAAAACACAAAACCAGUUUUUAAACUCUGAGAUCCAUCAAGUAACCCAGUUAUGGAGAAACACAGCAGAAAAGGAGACUUCACUCUUUAUGAAGUGCUCAUACUUGGAAGCUAGGAAUUGCCAGAUAGAAAGCAAAUAUUUAAUUGUUUUGAGAAAGAUGCAAGAAGCAUUGCCCUAUCUGGAUGCCGAGUACUGUGAAGUCAUUAAGAGUUUGAUAGAAGAUGCAUUGCAGAGUGAUCUGGACAAAGCACAUGACUCGUCCUCUGUGCAUUUUAGUUCUAUCAGUGAAUAUGAUGAUUAUGGAUUCACAAUAAUACCUGAGUAUGAGGUUGAACACUUGAAACUUUUAGCCAAAAUCCAGGCAUUAGAAAUUCGAUCCAACAAGCUCCUUACACAUGAGGUUGUGGACAAACCUUUACGAAUGAAAUGGAAUAGUAUUAAGGAGUUGGCACACUCAGUAGAGCUGAAGAACCUGGUGAGACUUGGUAUCCCAACAGAACACCGCAGGCAUGUGUGGAAAUGGCUCACUAGUCAACGGAUCCACAUCAUUGCUAACCACUAUACUGAUCUUCUGAGGAAGUGUGAGAGCUCCCAGCACCCCGCCACUCAACAAAUUGAACUUGAUAUACAUCGCACUCUAACUAAUAAUAAGCACUUUACCUGCCCUACCUCAGAGUUCACUCAGAAGCUCAGGAGGGUGCUUCUAGCUUACUCAUGGCAAAACCCCACUAUUGGAUAUUGUCAGGGAUUGAACAGGAUAGCAGCAUUGGCACUUUUAGUCCUGGAAGAUGAGGAGAGUGCAUUUUAUUGUCUGGUUGACAUUGUUGAGAACAUAAUGCCGGCAGAAUACUACAGCAAUAGUUUAUCAGGAUCACAGGUAGAUCAAAGAGUGUUCAAAGAUUUCCUGUCAGAAAAACUACCUCGUUUGACUACACACUUUCAACAAUACAAAAUCGACCUGUCUCAUAUCACUUUCAACUGGUUCCUUGUGGUGUUUGUUGAUAGUUUAGUAAGUGAAAUUCUCCUGAGAGUCUGGGAUGCCUUCCUGUAUGAAGGGACAAAGGUUAUAUUUCGUUAUGCCCUUGCAAUCUUUAAAUAUAAUGAAGAAGAGAUCUUAAAACUGAACGACGAAAUGGAUAUCUACCAGUAUCUUUCAUUUUUCACCAAGACUAUCUGUGAUGGCAGGAAAUUGAUGAACAUUGCCUUCAAUGAGAUGAACCCUUUUCCAAUGAAGCUUGUAAGAAAUCGCCGUGUUGCACAUAUGGAAAAAUUCAAAGCGGAACUGGCUGAACUGGAAAAGAUUAAACAGGAAUAUGUUAAGAAGAACGAGAAACUUGGGAGUGCGGACAUUGACAUGGUGGUCAGUGAAGAUGAAGAAGAUACAUAGCGACUAAGUAACAAACAGUUGCAACAUACAGUAGUGAUCAUUCACUGAUCAUGUGAUCCUCAUCAUAUCUGAUAGAAGGUUUUAUGUCGCCACUCUCUCCCCGUGAAGCACACUCAGGUCAAGUAAUGCUUUGUAGAAAGUCCGUAGGAAAAAUGUGUACAUUACAAACACUUAAACAGAGGUGCAUACAUUCAAGGUAAAGCCAUGUCAGCCUAUCAUAUGGAUGAUCUCAUUUUCUACACUGCUGGUUUGAUUUUAUUCUUGUUAUACAAUUUUAUUACAAAACAAUGUAGGAAAUUAUUACCUUCACAUCACUACUUACCCACAAUAUCCACUAGACACAAGUCGGUGAUCACGGCUUUCUUGGGCAGUGAGACAGUUAUAUGGACCAUGGCCAGUAUUUACUAAAAAUCCGAGUUUUGCCGAUUUGUCCCAAUCCGGGAAUUCACUAAGCAGAAAACUCGGCAGUGUCUGGUCUAUUUGUAAUGGUUUGAUUGGCAAAGUUCGGAAAUACGAAUGAAUAGACCAUCGGUCAAACGCGGCUGUUAUUUCAUACAAUACGGGCAUUCACUAUUCAUUCGUAUUUGGGUGUUAGUCUCUGAGUGCUCAAGUGCGGGUCUGUUUUUUUCGAAUCGUUAAAAAAAGCAGCAAAAAAAUAGACCUGCUUUUUCCAGUCGAGUUUGGAUAACCAUGCACGGAUCAGUGAGAUCUGUGCAUGGUUAUCUAUGGGAAAGGGUCUGUUUAGUGUAAAAACAGAAAAAAAAAAUUGCGUGGGGUCCCCCCUCCUAAGCAUAACCAUCCUCGGGCUCUUUCAGGUACCAGCGGGCCAGGUUUUCCACCGCAUGCUGGUACUUGUGGUUCUCCAAGUACCAGCUUGCGGGGGAGGCUUGCUGGGACUUGUAGUACUGCUACUAAAAACAAUAUUCACAUUUUUACAUGUAUGUAAUAAACUUAUACUUUCACGGUGUGUGUGUCCUGUUUUUUUGGGGGUAUUUUUUUAGUAGUAGUACUACAGGUACCAGCGGGCCAGGUUUUCCACCGCAUGCUGGUACUUGUGGUUCUCCAAGUACCAGCUUGCGGGAGAGGCUUGCUGGGACUUGUAGUACUGCUACUAAAAACAAUAUCAGCCCCCCAUCCGCCGCCCUUGGAUGGGGGGACAGCCUCGGGCUUCACCCCUGGCCCUUGGGUGGCUGGAAGGGGUUCCCACUCCUCCAGGGUACCCCGGCCAGGGGUGACUAGUUGGGUAUGUAAUGCCAGGGCCGCAGGGACCAGUAUAAAAGUGUCCCCAGGCUGUGGCAUUAUGUACCUGGCUAGUGGAGCCCGGUGCUGGUUUCAAAAAUACGGGGGACCCCUACGCUUUUUGUCCCCCGUAUUUUUGGAAACAGGACCAGGCGCAGAGCCCGGUGCUGGUUGAUGAAAUAUGGGGGAACCCCUGUCAUUUUUUCCCCCAUAUUUUGUCAACCAGGACCGUCUCAAAGAGCCCGAGGCUGGUUGUGCUUAGGAGGGGGGACCCCACGCAAUUUUUUUCUGAUUUUUAACGACUUUAAACACCUUUUUAAGGUACACAAUGAAGCCCUACACGGAUCUCACAGAUCUGGCCAGGAUUACUUGUGUUUUGUCAGGCAGUGUUUUACUCAUCACUCCCGUAAAACACUGCCUAACAUUACGAAUCACAUCGACAUCGGAAAAUACGAAUUGGGAAAAGUCGGCAGCUUAGUGAAUGAUCGUAUCAGGAUUCAAAAAGUUGCAGUAAAAUGCACCCGAUACCAUUCGAGUUCAAACACCCUUCAAAACAGCAAAAACACGAAUCUUUGUAAAUAUACCCCCAUGUGUGUAUUGGAAUGCUCCUUAUUCACCAAAGCAUCUGUUGUCCUGAGAUCAUUUUCAGAACAGUGUCCAUGUUCCCAUUUCAUUCAUUGGCUGUGCAUCAAGAUACUUGUAACCAUUGUCCUGAGAACCCUGUAGAAAACAGAAUGCAGCACCUUGAAUGUGAGAAUCCCUCUCAAACAUUCUAAUAUAUAUCUAUAGACUGACUUGUUACCUUUAUGUCAUUUUGAAUUGUUCUUAUGUUGUGAAUUCAGUUUUACAAUACAGAUUUCAUAAAUGUGAAAUACAUUAAAUAGUUUUCUCAUACGUCCUAGAGGAUGCU